AUGGGAAAGAAAGCAGGGUAUUUGGACCCAGAUGAUGAAAAGCUGAAGCAGGGACAGCAACAGCUGAUCCAAGAUUCGGCCAAAUGGAAAGGCCCAAGCCACAAGGAGCGGCGCGAAAAGGAGGUGAAAAAAGCCAUGAAGAAUCGUGAGAAACCUGAAAGGGCCUCUUGGAAGCAGCAAGCAACCGGAUGGUUCUUCAUCGUCUUCAUUUGUGGUGUCGGUUUUGUGUCCUUCCUUUUCACCAUGUCCGACAUCCUCAUCGGCAAUGGCAUUGUGAAUCUGGAUGUCCAAGACACCAACAAGUUGAAGACGGUGCUCUUCGGUGGAGAUCCUUGGCUGAUUUACUGCGUGAACGACGACACGGUGAACUACCGCUUGCCGGAGGUCCUGGAACAGUCGGCGCGGAGCUUGUAUCGAAGUCUGGGGGUCUCGGUGGGCGUGCUGCGCUGUUGGGAGGAAACGGCCAGUGGUCGCAGCGUGGCACAACGCUUCAAGUUGAAUUUGAAGCCUCCCUUGUCCUUCGUGGUGGCCAAUGGCAAUAAGCCACGUGUCUUGCCGCUCACGGGGAUUUCCAAGUCGGAGCACUUGGAGAAACGGAUUCGUCCCGCUUUGAGCAUCGAGGCGGUGCGUGUGGAUGCCUUGAAGAAGUGGAGCUCCUGCACCUCGCGGCGCGCCUGCUUGGUGGUGGGCCACAAGAACACCGCGCAAAAAGACACGGCCAUGAACGUGGUGAAGCCGUUGCAGGAGAAGUUUCGAGCACUCAAGGUGGUGACCUUAGACACGGCCUUUUGGCAGUUGAAGUUGGAAGAGAGUCUCAUGCGGACACGUUCCAAAGAGCGGCAUGGUGCCGAUGUCAUGUGCCUCACACGGGAAGAUGUGCCAGGUGGAAACUCCACCUUUGGUGGUGCCUUUUUGUGGAGCUUGGAUAGUAGCAGUGCCCAAGCUUUUAUGCAAAACUGUGUGGAUCACCGUGACAUGGUGCCACUCAAAAGCUCGCCCAAAAUCAAAGCCCGGCCAUCGCCCAAGCCAAAGACGGUGGUGCCCGACGCGCCGAAGCCCAAGCCCUCGAAACCGAAGCCGAAGCCGAAAGACACGAAGAAGAGUGCGAGUGCGCGGGUGGAUCAAGUGGGAUCACGGGAGUCUUUGGAGAGUGAAGAGCCACUUUUUGAGGCGGUGGAAGAAGAUGAAGAAGAGGAGGAAGAGGAAGAAGGCCGUCCGUACCGCCCCGUGCGCGAAGAAUACGCCGCGGUGCGUUGGAUGAGUUCGGCGUCGAAGACCUUCGCCAUGGGCUUCUUCGCCCGGGGCGCCCAGGGUUUCGGUCCCAUCGGAGGGGUUCGGUCGGUGAAACGCGUUGGUGGCAUCGCCUUGACCAGGAUGCCAGCGGAACUGUUGGUCUCGGAGAUCGGCCACAACCUGCGCUUCAAGGGCCACUGCGUGGUGAAACUUGGAGUUGAUGAGGAUGUGCUCGAGCAGGCCAGUGAUGAAGCGGUGGACUUGAAACGAGCUGGCAAACUGCAAGCGUCCGCCCUGCCCAGCCGUGCUGAUGACGAAACGACGCCGCCACAGCAGCUCAUCGAUGCCUUGUUGGGCCCAGAGGGCACCAACGAGUACUGCAGAUUGGAUCAGCUGCCGGAGGAGGGCGAUGAGGAUGUGGAAGUUGGCCCGGAACUCUUGGGGCUCAACCGACGCAUCACCAAGAUCGCAGGUGCCAGCAUCGCCUUUUGCGCCAGCGAAGGCUAUGACAACUGCAGCAAGUCGGGCGAAUACUUAGUCCGUGGAGGCGACUACUCGGACGAGGUAGCUGAACUUACAGAGGAGAGCUGUAGCGAAUGGCUUUCCUUGUUAAACCGCGCUCGGCUGAUGCUGGUGUACAUCUUCGGGGAAGGCCGAGGGCAGCUGGAGCUGCUGCCCUUCGACGAGGACUCCGACUCGGUGGAGAUCGCGACGGAGCCAGACAUGCUUGUGAUCCUCCGUGCAGAUCAGAUGCACCACAAGCAUCAAUCGAGCAGAGGUACAUUUUCCAUCCUCAGCUGGAUCAUGGCUGCAGAGAACUCCACCACCCGGGGAUGGACGGGUGGACUUAGCAGGACCUUUGGCGUCACCAUUCCCACUGCCAGGGAACUGGUCGAGUGGACGCAGAACCGUCUCAAGGAGUUGCUGGAGACGGAAGCUCUUGACAAAGACGCCGACAUCCCUCGGGACUGGCAGCUGAUGAUGCGCCAUAGUUUUUUCCGAAACAACCGCAGUCCCGUGGCGGUGCGGGGAGAGGCAGGGCAUAUGCCGACCACCAACAACAAUCGCGUGCUGCAGCUCGACAUGACAGGAUCUGAUUUUGUGACGGACGUCCCCUACCACCGUUGGGACCACGAGCUCUACUACGACGCAGAUCCCAACUGCUGGAUGCAGGCCUCGUGCUUCCGUCCCGGUGGCAUGAUCAGGACAAACAUCAAGCACGGUCAGUUCAUUGAAGGUGUAGAUCUUUUCGACAAUAAAUUCUUCGGUGUGUCCAACAUGGAAGCUACGGGCAUGGACCCAAUGCAGAGACAUAUUUUAGAGACCAGCUAUGAGGCUCUUUUCAUGGCUGGCUACAACAAAAAGUCACUGAUGGGAAAGUACAUCGCCGUCUUCAGCGGCUGCACGAAUCCUGAGUGGAAUUACAUUGACAAGGAGGCCGGUGCAUGCUCCAGAACAGGAAGCUCGCAGGCCAUCACCUCCAACCGGACCUCCUUUUUGUUGGGCAUCAUGGGCCCAUCGACGUCCAUCGACUGUGACCAGAGCUCGGCGGCCAUGGCGCUGAUGCUGGGCGGCACCGCAGUGACGCCGGCCACGGAGCGACGGACCAGCAGCGGCGGCGACAGCGAGGCUGCCAUUUGUGGUGGCGUCUUCUUGCAGAUGACGCCAUUCAUGUGGCCAAGAUUUAAUGCCUACAUGAACCCAAAUGGUCGCUGCUUCUCGUUCGACCAGUGUUCCAACGGCUACGUGCGGGGCGAAUGCUGCGCCAGCGCCGCCUUGAAGCCCUAUGCGGAGAAAGUCUCUGGUGAGCUCUCCGUCAUCGAGGGACCCUGCAUCGGCACCAUGGUGGGUUGGCGCAUGACCAACAACGGCCGCUCGGCCGGGCUUCACGCACCCAGUGGACCCGCGGAACAAGAGGCCAUUGCCGAUGCCAUUCGCCACGCGGGGAUUUCACCCUUGGACUUAGACGCCAUGGAGUGCCACGCAGCAGGCUCCUUGCUCUCAGAUGGAGUCGAGGUCGUUUCCGCGACCACCGUGUGCCGCGGCAUUGAAGGCGGUGACAGAGAGAUGCUCAUCCUUGGUAGUGUAAAGACCAAUGUUGGUGUGCAACAAGAAGCCUGUGGAAUCUCAUCCUUCCUCAAGGUGCUGUACAACAUUAGCUACGCCAACAAUGCGCCAACGCUGCAUUUGAAGCAGUUGAAUCCGCACAUCGAGACCGGAGACAGCGCCGUUUGCUUCAACAGCGAGGCGCUGGCCUACCGAGAUAGCCGUGCCUUCCAUGGCUGCGGCACCCGUGGUCUCGGUGGUACCAACAUCAACAUGAUUUGUUGGUACUCCGCCGACGGCAGUCGCGUGCCCAUUUUCAAGCCAAAGAUGGAGCGGGCGGCCUUUGCUUAUUGGCCAGGAGGUGGAGGGAUGCUGGAAAGUGUUUACAAGGCAUCCGAGGGCUAUUUCAUUGUCGGCUCCUGGAGCAACUGGAGAGAACCGGAGGAAAUGGUGAAGCAGAAAGACGGAUCCUACACCGCUGAGGUCACCCUGGGAGACUCCAGACAAGAGGCCUUUCAGAUCCUUCUGGAUGGAGAACCUGACAAAGUGCUUCAUCCAGAAAGGCCGGAUGCCGUGUCGGGCACACGGCUCUUGGGGCCGACGAUGCGGUAUAUGUUGCACGGACAGCACUUGAACUGGAACAUCGACGGCCGAGAGGCGAAGGUCAAGGUCCCAGUCGAGGAUGCUGUCACGGCUCUGGUGCCCGAGAGCAGCACGCAGCUGCAGCUGAGAGCCUCGAGGACGGCCCUGGCACAUGUCCGAGACCGCGGGGAGCCGGGCGACCGCUACGAGGUGAAGCUUUCCAUUUGCGGCCGCUAUCGCGCCGUGAGUUGGUCGAAGAUCUGA